GCUGCAGAACUAAUCUCUGUGUGCGUUUAGCUCAACAAUCUACAGUUCAGCUCUAGCCAGAUGAGAUCGUAAUUAUAGUCUCAAGAAGAAGAACAGAAUCUCACCUGGUUUUUAGUGCCGUUUCGCUCAGAAACAUUGAAUUUAGGUGUAACGAAUCUGGGAUUUCUUUGAGAAGCACAUCAUGCCUUUGGUCUGGGUUUACUUGCUGCUGCUGCUUUGGGGGGCACAUACUGAAUGCCAUCAAUGCUCAGUGAAGGGGACCACACGGAUGUUUUCCUGCCUUGAAACUGAAGUGCUCGAGAUGUCCUGGGACAUUCCAAACAACACCACCCAUGUGUUAAUUAAGCAGACAAUGUUGAAAACCUUUCCAAGGGAUGCCUUUUCAGGACUCAAUGAACUAUCCAGCAUUAUGAUUUUGGAAAAUGGAGCAUUGGAAGAGAUCGGAGCUAAUGUUUUUGCAAAUCUUUUACGGCUAUAUGAAUUAAGGAUAGAGAAGUCAAAAAACCUUGUCACCAUUGACAGGGAUGCUUUUCAGAGUCUCCCGAAUUUAAAAUACUUAACCAUAUCAAAUACUGGUCUCAAUUCUUUCCCAAAUCUUUCAAAGAUUAAUUCCAAACAACCUGGUUUUCUAUUGGACUUUCAAGAUAAUCUAAACAUACAAGUAAUUCCUACAAAUGCAUUUCUAGGACUGAGCAAUAGCUACAUAACUGAACUACGCCUGCCAAAGAAUGGGAUUAAUGAGGUACACAGAUUUGCAUUUAACAACACAAAACUGGAGAAACUAAUUCUCAUGGGUAAUCCUCUUGAAAAGGUACACAGUGAAGCUUUUCUGGCAGCAGAAGGUCUGGUAGUUCUGGAUAUUUCCAACACAAAAAUCAGCACUAUUCCUGAGAAUAUGCUAAUACAUAUUAAAAUACUCAGUGCUACCUCGGCUUACAAUUUAAAAAAGCUACCAAACUUGGAUAGUUUUACUGAACUGAUUGAAGCCAACCUGACCUACGCCAGCCACUGCUGUGCCUUUGCAAACUGGAAGAAAAAUCAAUCGGCAAAACACCCGUUGUGCAACAUGUCCCAAAUCAACUACGAUGAACCCAACUGGUACAAUGAACACUGCAAGGAAGUGACUGAAGUCACUUGCUCUCCCAAGCCGGAUGCCUUCAAUCCAUGUGAAGAUAUUAUGGGAUACAUUUUUUUGAGAGUCCUAAUCUGGUUCAUAAGCAUCAUGACCAUUACUGGAAACCUUGUUGUGCUUGUUGUGCUGCUGACAAGCAGAUACAAGCUCACUGUGCCCCGCUACCUAAUGUGCAACCUGGCCUUUGCAGACCUGUGCAUGGGGAUCUACUUGCUAUUGAUAGCUUCAGUGGACAUCCAAACCCAAUCCCAGUAUUAUAACUACGGGAUAAGCUGGCAGACUGGGCCCGGGUGCAGCAUUGCAGGUUUCUUCACAGUUUUUGCCAGCGAGUUCUCGGUGUACACUUUGACAGUGAUCACACUGGAAAGAUGGCAUACAAUCACCUAUGCGAUGCAGCUGGAGAGAAAGGUUCGUCUACGGCAUGUCUUGGCCAUCAUGGUUGGCGGUUUGGUCUUCUCUUUCAUCAUAGCCCUCCUUCCCAUCCUUGGGGUCAGUAGCUAUAUGAAGGUCAGCAUCUGCUUGCCGAUGGACAUCGAGAGUCUGGUUUCUCAGUCUUACAUUGUGUUCACACUGCUGCUGAACAUGAUAGCGUUCAUCGCCGUCUGUGUCUGCUAUGUAAGAAUCUACCUGACGGUAAGAAACCCGAACUUCAUCUCCAGAAACAGCGACACAAGGAUUGCCAAGCGCAUGGCCAUCCUGAUCUUCACUGACUUCCUCUGCAUGGCGCCCAUCUCCUUCUUCGCAAUCUCAGCCUCCUUGAAGGUGCCCCUUAUCACUGUCACUAAUUCCAAAGUCCUGCUGGUGCUGUUUUACCCCAUUAACUCCUGCUGCAACCCCUUUCUCUAUGCCUUCUUCACUAAAACCUUUAAAAGAGACUUCUUCAUUCUCAUGAGCAAAUUCGGGUGUUGUAAAAUGCAGGCACAGAUAUACAGAACCGAGACGUCUUCUAUUUACAACUCCCAUAAUAGAAAUGGAACUCCCAAAACUAUGAAAGGCACCCUUUACUCACUGGUGUCCCUAAAUCACACCCAUUGAUUAUAAAUACUGUAGAGAAUAUAAAGGUACUUCUGAUAUCCCUCUUUAUAAAUAUACAGCAAUGGCCAAAAGUUUUGCAUGACCUAGAAUUUUAGGAUUGAGACAUAAUUUUAAAAACAAACAAACUAUAUGAACAUAAUUUUGAUCAUUUACUUAACAUCAUGUAAUCAAAUAAACUACAAAAUUAUAUUGCAAAAGUCUACCAGAAGCCAUAAUAGUAUCACAAUAUUUCAUGUCACAUUUUUCCAUUUUUUUCAGUUUAUCAUUAAGUAUAAGUAUUAAGUAUAUAGAAAACUACAAAGCGAUGUGUAAUUCAAUAUGUCAACGUGACAUUAUUCAGCAGGUAUCAUUCGACUUCAUGAAGCUAAAUGUGUUAAUUAUAUAGGGUAAUGCCAAACUUUUGCCCAGAGCUGUACAUGGAGGUGUGAUCUGGCAGGACUGGAGAUGAACUAGAUAGCUCAAUGGUGAAAGGAGUGCAAUGAGGCCUAGAUCUGAAUUGUGUUUUUUAAGUGACUUGUUAUCAGCUUGUCAAUCAAAUUAAAAUAAAACUACAUGGUGUGGCUCAUUAUAAAAGGAUUAAAAACACAAUGGAAACUACUUGGGUUGGCUUGCCUAAUCAUUGUUUUAAAUCAUAUAUUACUUAAGAAUAACAACCAAUUAAAAACAAGAGAGAGUGAUAUUACUGUUUUUUUCAUGUUAUAUUAAUUUCCUGCUAGUGAUUCGACAUUCUUCAGUUUUGUUUUUGUAUUCAUUUAUUUGUUACUUAACACUGAUUCAAAUAAGCAAGCAAAAUCAUAAUUGAUUGGGUAACACUUUAUAUUAAGGUGCUGCUUAUUAAUGUUUUAUAAAUAUAUAAUAGAUACUUGAUAACAAUGUUAUAGAGUGUUAAUAAAGCGUUAAAGAUGGUUUAUAACCAUGCAAUAGCCAUAGAAUUAUGUUUAAACAUCCCAAAGUACAAUAGGUGGCUAAAAACUGUCCCCUUUAUAAAAACGUAAUUCCAUCUACGGCUAUUGCAUGGUUAAACAUCCCAAAGUAGAAUAGGUGGCUAGAAACGGUCCCCUUCAUAAAACUAAUUCCAUCAAUGGCUAUUACAUGGUUAUAAACUAUCUACAGUGUGUUGUUAACAUAGUUAUUACGCCUUUAUUAUAUAUUUAUAAAACAUAAAUAAGCAGCACCUUAUAUAAAGUGGUACCAUUAAUUGCAAUCUUAAUCAGCUAUCUUAACCACUAUUUUGGUUUGGGUAACACUUUGCAUGGUAUCUCUAAUUACUGUGUAUUUACAUUGUAGUUACUUAGUGAAUACAUGUGUGCUUACACACAAUUACAAUCAGUCCCCCGCGAAAAACGAGAUUGCGGAUCGCAGUGCGAUUUUGCGGAAUGCACUCUGGGUUGCAGAAUUAUUGAUUUUCCACGGCAACAAGCCUAACUAGCAUUCAUAAGAACAAAUUCAAGUUUUUUUAAAAAAUUCCACAAGGUGGCGCAGUGAGAUUUUUUUGGAAUACCUCUGCUUUGUUUAUCUUGCUCAACCCGCUCUUAGGAAAAGCAAUCCACUCGUUUUAGACACUGACGUGCUGUGGCUAUUCAAAUCCUCAGCUAACACGGAUACAUUUGUUAAGAGCAAACAUGUGACCCAAGAUUCUUGUAUGAGGAAGGGGGUUAACUGUUUUGCAGACCGUGCAUGUCAUUUCUGAAGAAACUAUCAGAGCCCUGUUUCCUCUACUUCAAUGGGAAAGCAUGAAUCUAAACAUCAGACACACAGUCCUGAGAAAAUGGAGAACAUUUUUUAAAUUUAUUUUUAUUUUUAUUUCAGUCAAUUUUAUUGUUUCUAGUUGCAGUUGCUCACUUUCAAAAUAUUUUUCCCCUUGUAGCAGUAAAGGUUUAAAACUGCAAAACGCCAGUAUUUAUUUGAUCAUUUAUUUUACUUUUCUACCUGCUGACAGUGGCCUCACAAUUUAGUUUUUGGAAUUAAUAAAAGUUUCAAUAAAUGUUUUUGAGUAUUCAUUUGCUAUUCGUUUUAGCAUGUACUGUAAUAAACUUUGAAAACAGCCCUAUAAGAAAAAAAAAUUAACAAAGAACCGGGUUGGUUUUAACUUUUAAAAGGCUACCGCAGAAUUCAAGAAUUUCAAGAAAAUCAUGGACCCUUGCCGCAGAAUUUGCCGCAAAAAUUUGCCGCGCUUUUCACGGGGGGACUAUACAAUGAUAUGCACAGUUACAAUGUACUUGAAGUGUCUUUCAUUUUUGCACAAUAUAUUGUGUUUGCUGUACUUUGGUAUGAUAUAAUGCCCAUUCUUAUUUGAUUUAUAUGUUGUGUUAUUGUUUUUAUAACAUGAAUCGUCAAGCAAGCUGUAGAAGUGUUGAGAUUUAAAAAGUCAGGAUGUGAUGACUAAAAUAGAAAAUGUAUAUACUAAAUGAUUUUCAACAAGAUGACUGUAAUUUCUGAGACCCAUAAAAGGGUUAUGUAACACAGCCAAGAUCAUGACAUAAUACGCUGAUGUAUCUAACAAUAAUUAACAUAUACUAAUUGAUAUGAAGUAUGAGAAUAAAGCUUAUUUUGUUUUCAAUGUGUUGUGUUGUUCAAUGAGUUGUGUUUAUAUAUUAGGGCUGUCAAUUAAUCGCAGUUAACUUCUGCGAUUAAUACGUGAAUGUUUUAAGAGAUUAAUUAUUUUAACGCACGUUAAUCGCAUUGCUAUGUUUUGAGACUUUCGGCACACCGUACUUCAAUCCCGGCAACAUUGGAUUGAGUGUCUGAGUGCAGUUAUUGUUUAGCAGAAAGUUAGUCACUGAACCGCAUAAUAGAGCAAAGCACUAAAACUGAGUGGGAGAUUUAUUUAUUUAUUUAUUUAUUUAUUUAAAUGUUCUGACGGCUCAUUGGACAGAAAAACACUUACUUGUCUACUGUUAAAGUGAGUUCCAGUAUCACACUUACAGCAUGAUUUACAAAAGAGACGAAAUAAGAACUAGGUCACAAAGUGAUUUCUAAAAUCACUGGAGGCUGUGUGGUCCAGUGCUUAAAGAAAAGGGCUUGCAACCAGGAGGUCCCCGGUUCAAAUCUCACCUCAGCCAUUGCCUCAUUGUGUGACCUUGAGCAAGUCACUUAACCUCUUGUGCCUUGUCUUUUGGGUGAGACGUAAUUGUAAGUGACUCUGCAGCUGAUGCAUAGUUUAAGAAAUAAAUAAUAAUAAUAAUAAUAAUAGUUCAAACACCCUAGUCUCUGUAAGUCGCCUUGGAUAAAGGCGUCUGCUAAAUAAACAAAUAAUAAUAAAAGCUGAUUUAGGUCACUAAGUAUAUGGCUUUCAAGGGGUUUAAAUUAAAUGAGUCGUGUAUUCACUUGUCGACGCUUUUAAAAUAUAAAUCAAGUGACGUGGGUACAUUAAUCAGGCUUUAAAAAUAAUUUUGUGACCUUGUUUUUAUUUUGCCCCUUUUGAAAAUCAUGCUGACAGUACUAGCUGACUGUCACGCAUCCUUAUUAAACUCGUGCAGACUGUAGCUAGUUAACCCCUCGGCCAGAAUAUAAAAGCCUGCAGCUGUCUGUGCUCAGGGGAGAGUGUCAGAAGAGAGACGUAAGUCUGUGGUAGAAUAGAGAUAACAAUUGCUAGACGUGCUGGCUAAAAACCAGCACGAUACUUGUUUGUUUCUGUUUGUUUGGACAACGCACCUUUUGUUUUGUUGUGUCUUGUUUUGUUUAAACUGUUUGUUUUGUUUAAUAAAAGCUGAGCGCCGUAGCAUUUCAUUGUUUUGGUUUUGUGUUCCUGGGCAGUGACAUCACCACACCUGCACACGGCAACCAUCCUAUCACAGGGAGGCACCAACUGUUGCAGUUUUUAAAACACGACUGAAGACACACUUUUAUAAUCUAUCGUUCACAUCUUAAUAUUAAGUAUUAUUAUUAUUAUUUAUUUAUUUCUUAGCAGACGCCCUUAUCCAGGGCGACUUACAAUUGUUACAAGAUAUCACAUUAUACAUUAUUUCACAUUAUACAGAUAUCACAUUAUUUUUACAUACAAUUACCCAUUUAUACAGUUGGGUUUUUACUGGAGCAAUCUAGGUAAAUUACCUUGCUCAAGGGUACAACAGCAGUGUCCCCCACUGGGGAUUGAACCCACAACCCUCCGGUCAAGAGUCCAGAGCCCUAACCACUACUCCACACUGCUGUAAAGUUUUUACCCUGUAUUCUAUUGCAUUUUAAUACAUUUUUGUAUUGAAUGUUUUAAUGUUUGCUAUUUCUUGUAUAGUAUCAAAGAUUACUGUUAUGUUGUACCUGUGAAGCGCCUUGUGAAGGGUGCUAUAGCAAAUAAAGAUUGAUUGAUUGAUUGAUUGAUUGA